AUGGGCGAUAUUAAUAACUGGAGGCCGAUUGGCGGCACGCAAUGGUCAACAAUGGAACUAUCUGUCAGCUUCAACAAGUGGUCUAGCGUUUCAAAGAUCUACCAAACUUGUGGCCGUUUAGAGGAUGCAAGGUUCUACCCUGACCAUUGUUAUCCUUUUAUUCAAUCAGAACACCUCAGAGCCGAUCCGAUCCGAUUCCAGAUCAUCUGCAGAUUCGCAGAUCUUCUUUGUGCGGAGGGACGCUGCGCCAAAGCACGGUCAAUUAUUGAAUCAGAGAUUCAGUCGGUUUCAAACCAUAACCAUGGCAAACUCGCCAAAGCCCUCCGACGUUUGAAAGUGUCUCUGGUUGAUGUCGACAUUGCCGAAGGAAAAUACGACCAAGCCUCUUUGAAUGUUGAAUGGCUGAAACAGCAAUUCAUCAGAGUCCCAUCGCCAGACAUCAGCGAUCAGUGGUUACAUGUACGCGCCAUUGUUGCAUCUGCCCGACUUUUGCACUCCCAAUGUCGGCUUCAGGAUAUCUUGCGUGAGUGGGAGAAAGUCUUGUUGCUUUUGAAACAAUAUUCCGACACUUUCAAGCCUGAAGGGGUUUUCUACAGUCUCGGUCAGCUCUCCGUUUCACUUGCACGCAUCCAGUCUGCCUAUUUCACAGACAAUGAUCGUAGCAUUGCCUCGGAAACUUGGCGUGCUGAUGCGAGGCAAAUUUUCGACAAAGGUUGCGCUGUUCUUGUCCACGAGAUUAUUAACUAUUGGGUCCCCAUACUACCUAAGACUGUCAUACCCGACAUUUUAUCAAGGUUAGAGUCUGCAGAACCGAGCUAG